AUUUUUCUAGUAGCACUGGAAGGCAGCACGACAGGCAGGAUUGGAGGUUCGUUCGGACUCGGUCGAACUCGACAGCCGAAGAGGGGGGCACUGUUGUCAUUCGUCAGGGCUGUGUGUGUCGAGCUUUUGUCCAGAAGAAAUGGCUGGGAUUAAAGCUCUCAUCAGCCUGUCUUUUGGAGGGGCCAUUGGCCUCAUGUUCCUCAUGCUAGGAUGUGCCCUCCCUGUGUACGACAAAUACUGGCCUUUGUUCCUCCUCUUCUUCUACAUCCUCUCUCCCAUCCCUUACUGCAUCUCGCGGCGGGUGGUUGAUGACACAGACUCAGCCAGUAACGCCUGCAAAGAGCUGGCCAUCUUCCUCACGACGGGCAUUGUCAUCUCAGCCUUCGGCCUGCCCAUAAUCUUCGCACGAGCUGAAGUAAUUGCCUGGGGGGCGUGUGCGCUCGUUCUAACGGGUAACAUAGUCAUCUUCGGGACCAUCCUGGGCUUCUUCAUGGUCUUUGGAUCCAACGACGACUUCAGUUGGCAGCAGUGGUAAAACAGCAGAGGGAGGGGGACCUUAGUCGGAACUGUUUUUAUUAGCGUUACAAUUAUUAUUAUGGUAUUACUGUUUGGUUCUUGUUGUUGUUAUUUAUAUGAUGACCGCCCAUCCAUAGACUCACACCAAACCAGUGCAAUACUUUCUUUUUCUUCUUCUUUUUUUGUACCGCCUGCAUCAUAUUGAACUGACACAAGUGGGAUGGAAAAUGCUGACUUUCAGUUGGAUUUUUACUCAUUUUAGUUAUGCUCUUUUGACUUCUGUGUUUUAGAAUUUUUCUCAUUUUGUUUGUUUCAUUUUGAGCAUUGUAGGCUGAUGAACACUGGUGAACAGCUGCUUAUUUUAUUUGUGAAAAAACAUGUUACAAUGAAUCCAUUUGAAUGUCGAACAAGGCCUAACAUGUCUUGGCUCCUCUCUCUAUUUAGUCAGUUUAGACACUCUGAAAAGCUCUGGAAGAAGCUUUCUCUACACUGACAGUACAUGUGGGGGUAUAUUUCCAGGCAAAGUGCUGAGUUGAGUGUAAAUCAGCAGAAUUCUGAUAGUAGAUCUACACAGUCAAGCUCUGAUUUCACCACUCAAGAUGAGGAAAAGCUCAGUUUCCAUUUGGCUCGAGUCUUAUUAGAUUGAAACUGUGUCUAUUUUUUCUCACAGAAGGUGAAAAUUCCGCUGACUUUUAAUAAGCUUUCUGCUAAUGUAAUGCUACCAUCGCUAAGCUGUGAAAGUCUAGAAGAUCAGUGUGCGUUUGUGAAAGAACUGGGCUGUUAACUGCCACCAACCCUUCUCAUCAUUCGAACCAUGUUACAUGUAAAUGUAAAUCAGUUGUCUUUCCAGCAUUAUGUUUCUGUUUGGUACCAUGUUGAAAAUACGUAAUAUGUUAUCUCUUCAAUUGAUUUAAUGUCUGCAAUCCAUAAAAGUAAUUUACCAUCACGCAAAGUAAGGAGACGGUGUUCAUGAGCAGCAGCGUGUUUGUUUCCUCUCUGAACUUAAGAGGAUAGGAUUUAUCCAAACAUCGCAGAGAUCAAAUUAAACCGACUUCGGUGCCACCUGGAUGCAGGCUGCUUAUUCACUCUUAGUUUACCUCACUCUAUGUAAGGGUAAGCGUCGCCGGGUCAGGUCAAGAAAGCAUGAAAAGCCUUUAGUAGCCGCCAGCUAGCGUAGGAUUAGCUUGAGAACAGCAGCCUUGUUGGAGCCAAGCUAAGAACUAGGCGACUUAAAAUAUAACACUAACAGCCCUUAAGCUUUUAAAUGUGACUCCUUCAAAAAAAAAAAAAGUAAGAAAAGAAUCUUAGUGUUAAUGUAUUUUUCUCUAGAAGCACAUUAGGUCCAGAUUUGGCGCACGUGCCGUCACGUUUCCUCGCACCAGCAUUUCCAUGAUAAAAACACAUGUUUUAUGAUCUGUUUUUCUGUGUGUUUCUAUGUUCUCCGGCUUGCGUGAAGGAAAUAUGUAAAUUGGGUUGUGUAAUCUGUCGGCAGCUUACAGCCUGCAGUCAAGUCAGGUGCGGCUCUCCUGUUUAACUGCAUUAGUGGUAGCUAAACAAGGAGUUUAGCAUCUGCUGCCUCGUAAAGCACUGGUGUGUUGAGUGUCAAACGUUUCCUUUAGAUGUUGAUUUUAAUUCAGUUUUUUGGGGGGUUUUGUGGAUGGUUCCGUUUGAAUAUGUGCCCCCUGGAAGAUCCAAAACAUAUUUUUAAUUCUCAACUUAUGUGUUGUAGGCCUUGCCCAGCAUGUACUUUUACCAUGGGUUUCCAUGCACAGAUGAUUUCCAUUCAAAGUUUAAGACAAGCUCUUAGGUAAAUUAACACUCAUAAUGUCCACACUUUCUGUCCCACAGUAUAAUUUCCACGUUCAGAAUCCCCCCCCCCCAUAUUUUUAAAACCACA